AUGAUCGAACGCGCCCAAACGGAAAUCCGCCAGAUGGGAGCAACUAUACGGGAGCAAACAUUGUUUGUUUCUGCAGUAGCUCAAACUCUCGUCAGAGCUCCCGAGUAUGGCUACGGCGGUAAGGCCUUGGAAGACUAUCUAUCUCGACUACCAGCUGAAAUAAGGCUCGAAAUUGAAUUACAGCUACGUGUGGCCAUGUCUAUGGCCAGUGCAACAUCUGGCAAUACCGAGGAGGCAGGGAGACAGGCCGAGAUGGCAAUGACAGCGGCAAUUGAAACUGCCUCGCACGAUGAAAGAUCAGAUGCAUCAUUCUUACUUGCCGUGAGCCGAAUCAAGCGAGCAACAGCACCACGAAACAAAUCCAUGGCGAUGGUAGCUCUUUCGAAUGCUUCGAUCACUCUGCAGCUUUGGGCGUCAAUUGAUCAGUUUAUGGGACAUCCCAUUCAGGCGGCAGACAAAUUCGCUUGGCUGGCGUCCGUUGAACUACAAAUAUGCAAUACCCACAAUAUUGUGUUGGAAAAGGUGUGUGAGAUGGAGAUCCUCCGGGCGACUCGGCUCCAGGAUUACGAUACGCCUGUUAGAAUUUCUCGAGAGCGGCUUGACGCGGGGAAAGAAAGGUCAGGCUCUUCACACUUUCACAAAGCACAACACACCACGCAGCUAUUAAGUUGCUUGUACACCCAGUUCCGCGCUCGCGCUCAGUCGAUGGCGCAGUUACCACCCGACCAAAGCGAAACAGUGGCCAAAGAUUACUUCGAGAGCAUUAUGCAAGCGAACGAACCGUACAGCCUCUGCACCCAGGCAGGUGGCUCCGAAACGAUCAUCACCUCUCUGAACUAUCUCUUCGAUUUACUGAGUGCAUUUCAAUUCAAUAGUCAGGUGGAAUUGCUCAAAUCUUGGCUGGUGGAGGCCCAAAAGAUUGAAAACUUCUACGAUGCAAUUAGGCGCACCGUCGCAAUGGCGUCCAAUUACCGGAAACUAUACGAUAAUGCAUUCACCGCUUGCAAGAUCACCGACGACGUAGCCGUAGCCCGGCAAUGGGUUCAAAAGUCAAAGGCACGGAGCUUGUCGGAUAUUUUUGGCAUCCGAGCUGUGUUGCAACUCUCACUCCUCGCGACCAUUAAAGCCGACAGUGAAGCUCAUGCGCUAUUCGAGAAAGAGCGUCUCCUUAGAGCGGCAGCUCUAAAGACUAGGCCGUUGGAAUACCUCAAUGCAAGGCGGCAGGCUGAGGAGGUUCGACUUCGUAUGAAAGAGCACCCGCUACGAGCACAAGCGCUUACCAUUCGUGCAGGCGCCUUCGAUAUCAGCUUUUCCCAGGCAGCACUCGGUGAGGCCCUCGCCUUGUCCGGUGGGACCUGCAAAAAUGUCAAAUAUGUGGAGUGGUAUAUACCACACCAACCGUCAUCUGAGACGAAGAUUGUCUUACUCGUCAGGGCCUUGGAUGGUGAUACUAAUAUGCGGGAGCUGAAUAUCACGACUGGCAGCAUCGAGUUCUAG